CUGUUUCUGGCCUCGCGGCGCGGCUGCUGCUGCUGCUGCUGCCGCCGCCGCCGCCGCCUGAGGAGCGGAGCCGCCGCCAUGUCCAAGCGCCACCGCCUAGACCUGGGGGACGACUACAGUUCCAGCAAGAAGCGCGCCGCCUCCGACGGGAAAGAUCGGGAUCGGGAUGAUCGUUCUAAAGACCGUGACAGGGAUCGUGACAGAGAUAGAGAUCGUGACAGAGAAAGAGAUAAGGAAAAAGAUCUACGUCCAUCUAAUGCUAUGGUUCUUACUGCUUCGGGGAUGCAACCUUUAAAACCAGCGGUACUUCCACAGGGUAUUAAUCCAUUCACAAACCUACCACAUACGCCUCGAUACUAUGACAUCCUGAAGAAACGGCUUCAACUCCCUGUCUGGGAGUACAAGGAAAGAUUCACAGAUAUUCUGAUUCGACACCAGUCUUUUGUCCUGGUUGGAGAGACCGGAUCUGGUAAAACAACACAGAUCCCUCAAUGGUGUGUUGAAUAUAUGAGGUCAUUACCUGGACCGAAGAGAGGUGUCGCAUGUACCCAGCCUAGGAGAGUAGCUGCAAUGAGUGUGGCACAACGAGUUGCUGAUGAAAUGGAUGUUAUGUUGGGCCAGGAGGUUGGUUACUCUAUUCGAUUUGAAGACUGCAGUAGUGCAAAAACUAUUCUGAAGUAUAUGACUGAUGGUAUGUUACUUCGUGAAGCUAUGAAUGACCCUUUGCUGGAGCGCUAUGGUGUUAUAAUACUUGAUGAGGCUCAUGAAAGAACACUGGCUACUGAUAUUUUGAUGGGAGUUCUGAAAGAGGUUGUAAGGCAAAGAGCCGACUUGAAGGUCAUUGUUAUGAGUGCUACUCUAGAUGCUGGCAAGUUUCAAAUUUAUUUUGAUAAUUGUCCUCUCCUAACUAUCCCUGGUCGUACACAUCCUGUGGAGAUCUUUUAUACUCCAGAACCAGAGAGGGAUUACCUGGAGGCUGCAAUUCGAACAGUGAUCCAAAUUCAUAUGUGUGAAGAGGAGGAAGGAGAUCUUCUACUAUUUCUUACUGGACAAGAGGAGAUUGAUGAAGCCUGUAAGAGAAUAAAGCGUGAAAUUGAUGAUUUGGGUCCCGAAGUUGGUGAUAUCAAAAUCAUUCCAUUGUAUUCCACUCUUCCACCACAGCAGCAACAAAGGAUCUUUGAGCCUCCCCCUCCAAAAAAACAAAAUGGAGCAAUAGGAAGAAAGGUUGUUGUAUCCACUAAUAUUGCUGAGACAUCAUUAACGAUAGAUGGUGUUGUAUUUGUGAUUGAUCCUGGGUUUGCUAAGCAAAAGGUGUACAAUCCCCGCAUUAGAGUGGAGUCUCUUUUGGUGACUGCCAUCAGUAAAGCAUCUGCUCAGCAGAGAGCUGGCCGUGCUGGUCGUACUAGACCAGGCAAGUGUUUUCGACUGUAUACAGAGAAAGCCUACAAAACUGAAAUGCAGGACAACACCUACCCUGAAAUUCUGAGGUCCAACUUGGGAUCUGUGGUGUUGCAGCUGAAGAAACUUGGUAUAGAUGAUUUGGUACACUUUGAUUUUAUGGAUCCUCCAGCUCCUGAAACUCUGAUGAGAGCCUUAGAGCUUUUGAAUUAUCUGGCUGCUUUAAAUGAUGAUGGAGACCUAACUGAAUUGGGAUCUAUGAUGGCAGAAUUUCCACUGGAUCCACAACUGGCUAAAAUGGUUAUUGCAAGUUGUGACUACAACUGCUCUAAUGAGAUCCUAUCUAUUACUGCCAUGUUGUCAGUCCCACAGUGUUUUGUUCGCCCCACGGAAGCCAAGAAAGCAGCAGAUGAAGCCAAGAUGAGGUUUGCCCACAUAGAUGGAGAUCAUUUGACUUUGCUGAAUGUCUACCAUGCUUUCAAACAAAAUCAUGAGUCGGUUCAGUGGUGUUAUGACAACUUCAUUAACUACAGGUCCCUGAUGUCUGCAGACAAUGUACGCCAGCAGCUGUCACGAAUCAUGGACAGAUUUAAUUUGCCUCGUAGAAGCACAGAUUUUACAAGCAGAGACUAUUACAUCAAUAUAAGAAAGGCUUUGGUUACUGGUUAUUUUAUGCAGGUGGCACAUUUGGAACGAACAGGGCAUUACCUAACAGUGAAAGACAACCAAGUGGUGCAGUUGCAUCCUUCCACUGUUCUUGACCACAAACCUGAAUGGGUGCUUUAUAAUGAAUUUGUCCUUACGACAAAGAACUAUAUCCGGACAUGUACAGACAUCAAGCCAGAAUGGUUGGUGAAAAUUGCCCCUCAAUAUUAUGACAUGAGCAAUUUCCCACAGUGUGAAGCAAAGAGACAGUUGGACCGCAUCAUUGCCAAACUUCAGUCCAAGGAAUACUCGCAGUACUGAAUUUAUGCUUUGAACUGAAGUUACUCAGAGGACAGCUUUAAAGGAUGAACAAACUCAAAGUUCAAGUUGUGCUCUUCACUUCGGUUCAAUAAUGGCCUUUAUUUGAAAGCUUUUUAUUUUUUCUUUACAGUAAAUAUUCCAUUCUGAUUUCAUAAAUUAAACAUUUAUGCCUCCCUUUUGUGUUGACACUGUAGCUCAUACUGGAAAAGCUGAUCAAUGUUUUGCAGUUUAUUGAAAGUAGUUCUAUAUAUAACAAUGUUAUAAGCAUUUCUUUAGAAAUGGUUGAAAAUGCUUCUAAAAUGUGAUUAUCGACCAUGGUAUGCAUGAUCGUUGUAAUUGUUGACAUUCCUUUUAGAAGUUGUGAAAUGUUACAACUUGUGCUUAUGUAGACACAAUCUUCAGCCUCAGUACAGAAGUACUGACUUCAAUAAAAUCUAUUUAUACUAA